AUGAGUUCACUUGAAGUGCUUGAUUUGUCCCAUAACAAUUUGAGUGGCUUGAUUCAUCCAUGUAUGGGCAACUUGAGUCAAUCUUUGAAAGCGCUAGUACUACGAAGCAACAACUUCGGCAACACCAUCCCAAAAACAUGGGCAAAAGGAUGCAGCUUAAAGAUGAUUGACUUAAGUCAAAACCAGUUACAGGGUCAUUUGCCAAGAUCUUUGGCCAACUGUACUAAGCUUGAGUAUCUUCGCGUUAGCCGCAAUCAAAUCAAUGAUACUGAUCCCUCUUGGUUGGGAACUCUUCAACAUUUGAAGAUUCUUGAUCUCCAUUCAAAUGGCUUCCACGGUGCAAUAAGGAGUCCGGAAACAAAUUACACAUUCCCCAAUUUGUGUAUCCUUGACCUCUCUCACAACCAUUUGUCUGGGAAUCUGCCUGCGGGAUACUUCGCACAAUGGGAUGCCAUGAAGUCCAUUGGUGCAAACAAUUUACAAUACAUGGGUGACUGGGUCUACUAUGCAAUUAUAAUAACGAUAAAAGGUGUGGAGUUGGAGUAUAAGAAGAUCCAAGAUGGCCUCACAGUCAUAGAUUUCUCAUGCAAUACAUUUGAAGGAGAUAUUCCUGAAAUACUUGGGAAUCUAGCAGGACUUCGUGUGCUGAACCUUUCCAAUAAUGCUUUCACUGGUCAUAUCCCAUCAUCCUUUGGGAACUUGACACAGCUAGAAUCAUUAGACCUUUCUCAAAACAAGUUGUUCAAAGAGAUACCUCUUGAAUUAGUCCAGCUCAAUUUCCUUUCAAAAUUUAAUGUGUCACAUAAUUGCCUCACUGGACCUAUACCACAGGGGCAACAGUUUGGAAUAUUCCCAAAUACUUCAUUCGAUGAUAAUCGAGGACUGUGUGGAUGGCCAUUGUCCAAACUCUGUGUAGAUUCAGACAUUUCAACACCUCCACCUUCAACCUUUGAAGAGAAUCAGGGUCCAAAAUUGUUCUUUGAAUUUGGUUGGAAAGUAGUUGUGAUGGGAUAUGGAUGUGGAUUCAUAUUUGGAGUUGUUAUCAGGCACAUUGUGACAACCAGAAAGCAAGAUUGGCUCAUCAAGAUUUUUGGCAAGAAGAAACACCAAACUCGAAUAAGCCGGGUGAAUCUAAUUAAUGUGGUUUAUAAUGCACAAAUAGAUCUCCGUGAUGAUGAUAAGCACUAUUUGGCCGAUCACCCUGGAUUGAUGCCUGUGACAACUGCACAGGGUGUGGAACUCUCUAAACAGAUUGGUGCUACAUAUUAUAUACAAUGCAGCUCAAGAACUCAGCAGAGGUUUUUUUAUGUUUGUGAGGAUGAUGUUAUUGUGCGUAGUCCAAGAGAUGUGGAUCAAGAAAAUGGAAGAAAUGAGGGUGAGAGUUCAGGACAGAGUUGUAUUUUACCACUGCAUGUAAUUUCUGAGCAUAAAAAAGUUAUGAGCAAUUCAGUACUAGCAGAGAAUGCUCUAUCUCGUUCGCUUUCGUUGGUGACGGGGACAGGUGUCGGACAAUAUUAUAUAUUAGAAUAAAUGUGUGAACCUAGUUGGCAAUGUUCAGAGUUAUUCUUUGGUGAAAGUUUUCUAAAUCAUGCAUGAUGGUGAAUGCAAUCAUUUCUGUUAGCAAG